CCCUAUCAACUCACCUCGCCGAUUCCACCCGGUCGCCGCCGUGACCUUCCGCUACGCUAGGACUGUUGCUGCGGCCUUUUAUUCUCUCCACGGUUCGGACGAUUACACAUUACAGAGAAAAAGAUUUUCUAGGUUCGAGAGGGUUCCUCACUUCAAUGCUGGUGCGCUAAAAUUUUGGGGGGGUUUUCAGGUUGUUUUGUGCUGGAUGAGCUGAAGAUACAGGAAAUGCGAUUGUUUCCAUUUUCUUCCUGCUUAGAUGAAUCAUGUGCAGGAAAGACUGAUGUAGAGAAAAAUCAAGUGAUGCUGUUCCUAAAUGUAUAUGACCUCACUCCUGCUAACAAAUAUCUUUAUUGGUUUGGACUUGGAUUCUACCACUCGGGUAUAGAAGUACACGACUUGGAGUAUGCCUAUGGAGCUGAUGUGGAACCAACAAGUGGAGUGUUCGAGGUUGAACCAAAACAUUGCCCUGAGUAUGUCUUUAGGCGCUCAAUUCUUCUGGGCAGUACUGAUAUGUCCCGUUCAGAAAUUUGCUCCUUCAUGGAACUUAUAGCAGACCAAUAUCAAGGGAAUACAUACAAUUUAAUAUAUAAGAAUUGCAACCAUUUCACUGAUGAAGUUUCUCAUUGUCUAACUGGAAAUCGUAUACCUGGUUGGGUCAACAGAUUGGCUCGAAUAGGUAGUGUUUUUGAGUCCGUGCUUCCUGAAAGUGCCCAGACCACACCGUUGAGACAAUUAACUGAAAGCCAAAGCCAAACCUACUCAGAUUGGAGUGAUUCGGAUGCAUCAUAUACAACAGAUGAGAGUGAGACGGAGGAUGUUGAUCAUCAUGUGCUUAUCACAGCACAUGGUAAUGUGGGACUUUCAGAUCGACCGCCACUGUGGCAAACAAAAAAUCGUCUUUAAUUGUAUGCAUGUUGUUUGUUUUUUAUCUUUGUACAAGUAAUAUGUAGAUCUCUGAUGUAACCAGUAGGCAUAUAUAGUAUAUACAUCUGAAAGUUGUUUAGCGCCGUCAUUUUUGUUAGUCAAAUACAGUGUUACCAUUCUUGUAUAUUCUCAGCCAUGGUUCCAUAGAGGCCAUUGUUCUAAA